UAGUGGGCCUAAUGAAAUCUAAAGAGUUACAGCAAUACACAUCACUUAUAUAUGCAUGUGUAGCACAAGCCUAUUCCAGCUCAUCAUUGAAGACACAUUGUCGUUUGUGAAUUAUCUAACUUCAGAAGCUUCUUGUAGUGAGAAUGACAGAAAACAUCUUUAGUUUAAGAGGCCUGAAUAAUGAGUUGAGUUGAGCUGAUGGUUGUGGUUUGACUUCUGAUCUGUUUCUGCUCUGUGGUUUUAAACAAAGUGGGGAAGAGUGUUAUGCUCUUUCUGCAUCUUUAGUUUCAUAAACCUUAAAAUACUAUCAGAAGAGUAGAAGAUUCACAGCAACGUGCAUGUAAUUUUCAUUGACUUCCUCUGAUUAUAAUUCCAUCUGUCUGUGUUCAGGAAGGCCUGAAUGAAGCAUCACUUCUCACUUCUAAAAGUAACCACUGCCAUGUGCCGAACUUCUUUUAGAGGAAGGAAAAGGUGUUUGAGUGUAUAUAUGUGCCCACUUUAAGUCAUGUGUUUAUUGAAUUGCAAUUGUUGAAGAGAGAAUAACCCAAAGAGAGCCUGUUUUACAUGAACAGGCCUACAUUAGAUGUCACAUUGUGAUUCCACUUUAUUAUGAUCUGUCUGUAAUGUGUGUGGCUGUGGCAUUGUGAACAAAGAAAAUAACGCAGUUCGAGAACAAUUACUGGAAGAACUUUGAAACCGUCUUUUUCAAGUAGAGAAACAGAACUCGCAUGCACCAAAAAGUAGCUAAUAUCUUAGAAUGGAUCUCUUUUCUUUCUAUUUCUUCAUGUAUUUCUGUGUAGAGUUUUGUCUCCUCCUCCCUCGUUUCUUCUUGAAGUGUGAAACGACUGUUUAAACACAGGAAGUGUCUGUUUUAGUGCACACAGCACUGUUAAUACAGACUAUUAAUGUGUCAGUAUGGGGUCCAGUGCACUGCAUCUCAAACUCUUGCUGAUGUCCCUCGUCUACUCUGGACUCACUGAAGUGACAUCUGUAGUGAAUGCAAAUCCAGUCACUCUCAGAUGUGACAUACAGGGAGGAGAAAAUAUUCAGUUGAUAUACAGCUUGUUUAAAGAUGGAGACCCUCACGAUAUACACAGAACAACAGAAGCAGAGUUUAGUUUCACAGCUGAUGUGUCUGAUAGUGGUGUAUACAGCUGUAGAGGAGAGAGAUCAGACACCAGCGCUGCUGUUACACUGACUGUAUCAGUAAAAGCUGAAGUGAAGGUGACUCCAGAUCAGCGUGUGUUCAGAGGAGAGACAGUCACUCUCACAUGUGACAUACAGGGAGGAGGAAACAUUCAGUGGACAUACAACUGGUUUAAAGAUGCUUCAGUCAUCCCAGACAUCACUGAGAGAGUCUACACCAUCACAUCUCUGUCUGAUGAUAGUAAAUACAGCUGUGAAGCAACGAGAUCAGAUAUCAAUUCUGUUGUUACACUGACUGUAUCAGAUUUACCAACAUCUACACUGACUGUGACUCCAGACAGUCCUGUAUUCACUGGAGAGAGAGUCAAUCUGAAGUGUGAGAUAAUCUCUGAUCACAGUGACUGGAGAUAUGAGUGGUAUAAAGGCAGAGACACUGUAAUAUCACAGACGUCUGAGCGUUACACUGUAAACACAGACACUCUCACUAUCAGAGGAGCUACUGAGUCUGAUCAGGGUCAGUUCUGGUGUAGAGGAAAGAGAGAUAAAAUACCAAAAUCAUCACAAUCAAGCUCUGCUGUUUCUCUCACUGUGACGGGUGAGUUAAAUAUCAUUGUCCUCCUAAAUAAACCUAUUUGA